GUUCAGAUGAACGAGCGAUGGGCUAAUCUUACAAUCACUUGCGCAAUCAGUUGUGUUCCUCGUCAACAGAAAGCUCCUGAGUCUAGUUUGUACCAGCAACUGUUGGAACAAUGUUGCUCAUAAACACCACAACAUUGCUGUUAGAGCCGUUCUACGGCGAUGAAAUCCCUCCCUACGCCAUUCUUUCGCAUACCUGGGCAGAUGGCGAGGUGUCCUUUCCGGAAUUCAUGCAACUGAGUGAAACCAAGAACGACAGGAUCACGAGCAAGGCCGGGUACCUCAAGAUCUCCGCAACAUGCGAGAGGGCGCGGAAUGAUGGACAUCGUUAUGCCUGGAUUGACACCUGUUGCAUUGACAAGACGAGCAGUGCAGAGCUCACCGAGGCUAUCAAUUCCAUGUUCGGCUGGUAUCUGCAGUCAGAGAUUUGCUAUGUAUAUCUGAACGAUUUCAUGCUCGACACGGCAGAUGUUCCUUCCCGAGAACAAUUUGACGCCGAGUUUCGGAAGUGUCGCUGGUUCACUCGUGGGUGGUGCCUGCAGGAACUGCUUGCGCCGGGAAAGCUACGCUUCUUCAACCAGAAAUGGCAGGAGAUUGGCACGAAAAGUAAACUGAGUCAACUGAUCUCAGAUAUUACCGGCAUUCCCGAAAUGGUGCUCUGGGUGCCUUCGAGGAAAGAUAUCCAGGAGUUUCCGAUCGCUGCACGGAUUUCCUGGAUCGCCAAGCGCCACACCACCAGAAUCGAGGAUAUGUCAUAUAGUCUUCUGGGUAUCCUCAACGUCAAUAUGCCAAUGCUUUAUGGAGAAGGCCAGAAGGCCUUCCUUCGACUCCAAGAAGAAAUUAUUAAGAAGUAUAAUGAUCUCUCUAUCUUUGCCUGGAACGGAAAAGCAUCAGUAUCAGGAUUCAUGCCUGUAUUAGCGCCCAUGCCUUCAUGCUUCGAGAUCAACCCUUCAGAUAAACAUAGCAGUCUUCGUAGGUAUAGUGGCAGCCAGCUUGGUGACAGGCUGAGCACGCAAUUUUCUCUUACGAAUCAAGGUGUCUUCUUUCCGAGUGCAAAACUCCACUACCAGACUGCGUUACCGGAUUACCGUCACCAUUACCUCUUGCCUCUGAACUAUUCAGAUCCUUCCUUCCGAGGUAAGGGCAAACAGAGGUAUAUUCUUCUCCAAAAAGUCGGCCCUGGGCUGUUUAUUCGCCUUCAUGAUCCCUUGGACCGGAUGAAGGCGUUCCAAAAAAGCCAAUGCACCGGUGUAUUCUUCGAAGCGGUAUGCAUUUUGAAUAGCCUUCCUGAACCGAUAACCCGACAGCUUAUUCUGUGGGAGCGCUAUGCUGUUCGCUUGCGCUGGAAGCCCUGGGCAAAGCCUGGACGCAGAUAUAUGCAUAUUCGAACGGCACAGCCCAGGGAAAGCUGGGACAUUGCCGCAAAUCAGUUUCUGCUGGAGAUGGCAUAUGAGCGUUACAUGCAUAUCGAAUUUGUUCCCGGGAACUAUGACAGUAACCCGAGCUUCAAGUACUUUGUCUUGGUAAUUCAAGUAGGUGUUCACAGCCAACGAGACCCUGCAAUAGUGUCAGUACGGAUUAUGAGUGCCGAUAUUUGGGAGGGGAUAACAAUUACGAGUUCGAGUUCGGGUUUUCGAAGAAGAGAAUCUUUGGUACUUGAGUCGCUUCCCCUUAUAAAGGGCACGGGAGACGCUGACAGUAUCUCACUUGCGGGAUAUGAUAUAUCGAUGUCGGUGCAACUCGUGACUGAGCCGAACGAGCAGCCAUACCAUCUCGUAUAUCUUGACUGGGAGGCAACAACAGCACUGCCGGUCACCAUGGGUAACGAAGACGCUGACAUGUGGGUGGGAAGAAGGGCACUAACAGGCUCUGAAGACAGCAAGGAUCUUUUCACAAAAAGUAGCAACCCACAGAAUGGAUACUAAGGGGCAAGUUAAAAUGACAGCAGAUGUCUCAAGUCUCGAGAUAGGGUAUCUAACGAUUUGACCGUUCUGACCACAAUCUGAACAAGUUUUUCAAAUGUCUGCAGGCUUUUUUGAGACCUCUGGAUACUCAUUCAUAAACUGGCAGAGCGUUUCGGGCUCAGAUUGAUAAUACGAGCCAUGGUGGACAAAACUGACACUAAUUUGUAAUAUCCCAAGUUCAAGCGCGGGCAUGUCAAAUUUCACCCCCUCCUGCUGUUGCCGUCGGC